GGGUGCGCGACGCCACUGCCGCCGCCGUCGCCCGGCGGCUGCUCCAGCGCCUCUGCGGAUCGCUGCCGUUCAGAGACCGGGACCCGCCCGCACGGCGCUGGGCCGCGGGGCCGUGACCUGCGCGCAGGAGGCGCGGGAGAGACCGAGGCAGGAGGGAACCACAGGGUCAUGAGGAGCGGCGGCUUCCGGGGCCCGGGUCGGGGAGAGGACCCUAAGCGCUGGCCCCCGAGCAGCCGCGGUCCCCACUUUCCGCGAUCUCAGCCUCGGGAGGGACACGGGCUUGGGCUCGACCCCAGGCGGCGGGCGGCACCCUACUGACACCGGCUUCAGCGACCGGCGGCGGGGCCAGCAAGUCCCCACGGCUCGGGCAGUGGGCACAGGCGGGACUCCGGGGGCGCCGAGCCGGCCUCCGUCCGCCCUCUGAGCUCUGACAGCGCGCGGGCCUUCCGCCGCGGGCCGGCCCCUCCUCGACCGGGCGUAGUUUCCCGGGGACGCGUUUCCCGCUGCACCGCGGGCCGCCCGGACCGCCCUGGCGGACGCACCUUCCGGCAGCCCCGGCACGGAGCCCUGGGCUCGGCUGCGGCCCGGCGGCAGCCCUGAGCAGGCGGCCCCUGCACCCUGCGCGAGCCCGGAGCCCCGCACGCCGCCCGGAGGACCCCGCCGGGGGGCGCCCAGCCUGGGCCAACUCAGUGUGGAGAGAUGCCAAAGCUGCAAGGCUUCGAGUUCUGGAGCCGCACCCUGGGGGGCGCCCGCCACGUGGUAGCCCCCAUGGUGGACCAGAGUGAGCUGGCCUGGAGGCUGCUGAGUCGCCGCCACGGGGCCCAGCUGUGCUACACGCCCAUGCUGCACGCCCAGGUCUUUGUCCGAGACGCCAACUACCGGAAGGAGAACCUGUACUGCGAGGUGUGCCCUGAGGACCGGCCCCUCAUCGUGCAGUUCUGUGCCAACGACCCGGAGGUGUUCGUCCAGGCGGGACUCCUGGCGCAGGACUACUGCGACGCCAUCGACCUGAACCUGGGCUGCCCACAGAUGAUCGCGAAGCGGGGCCACUACGGAGCCUUCCUGCAGGAGGAGUGGGACCUGCUCCAGAGAAUGAUUCAGCUGGCCCACGAGAGGCUGUCCGUCCCGAUCACCUGCAAGAUCCGUGUCUUCCCGGAGGUCGACAAGACUGUGCGGUACGCCCAGAUGCUGGAGAAGGCCGGCUGCCAGCUGCUGACGGUGCACGGGCGCACGAAGGAGCAGAAGGGGCCCCUCUCGGGCACCGCGUCCUGGGAGCACAUCCGGGCCGUGCGGAGGGCCGUGUCCAUCCCCGUGUUCGCCAACGGGAACAUCCAGUGCCUGCGGGACGUGGAACGCUGCAUCCGGGACACCGGCGUGCAGGGGGUCAUGAGCGCAGAGGGCAACCUGCACAACCCGGCCCUGUUCGAGGGCCGCAGCCCCGCCGUGUGGGAGCUGGCCGAGGAGUACCUGGCCCUCGUGCGCCAGCACCCCUGCCCCCUGUCCUGCGUCCGGGCCCACCUCUUCAAGCUGUGGCACCACACGCUGCAGGUGCACCAGCAGCUCCGAGAGGAGCUCGCCAAAGUGAAGACCCUGGAGGGCGUCGCCGCCGUGAGCCAGGAGCUGAAGUUGCGGUGUCAGGAGGACAUGUGCAGGCAGAAGGAGGGGGAGGAGCCCUCGGGCGGCCUGCCUUUCUUCCACUGGAUCUGCCAGCCCUACCUCCGGCCGGGGCCCAAGGAGGCGGGCCAGGAGCGCACAGGCCCCCGCAGCAAGCGGGCCCUGGAGGAGGAGGAGGGCGGUGGGGACACCCUGUCCAAGAACAAGCAGAAGAAGCAGCUGAGGAACCCCCACAAGACCUUCGACCCCUCGCUGAAGCCAAAAUACGCCAAGUGUGACCAGUGCGGGAACCCGAAGGGCAACAGGUGCGUGUUCAGCCUGUGCCGCGGCUGCUGCAAGAAGCGUGCCUUCAGAGAGACCGCCGACUGCCCAGGUCACGGGCUGCUCUUUAAGACCAAACUGGAGAAGUCUCUGGCCUGGAAGGCGGCCCAGCCCCAGCUGCAGGAGCCACAGCCAGCAGGGCCUGGGGACCCAGGAGGCCUCCCUGAGGUCGUGGGCAGUGCCCUGGCCUGAAGGGCCGGCGGGGGCCAGGGCCCCGCCCCUCCACGUCCCCGUGAGGAGACGCCUUCGCUCAGGGAACCUCCGGCGCUCUCGCGUGGAAGGACGAGCUCGCGGCCCCCGAGGCCGCGGGGCCCAGAGCCGCACAGCGAGCGGGGCCCUGGGCUGGACCAGCCCCGCCCCCGCAGCCGUGUGCACCCCGACCGGACAAUAAACCUCGCAGACACGCGCAGAAC